GGGGAUUGAACCCGCCGGUGCCCCGCACUGCUACGGAGCGCUGGAGCGGACAAAGUUUGUACCGUCCGAUCCCUCUCUCUGCCCUUCCCCGCCGCCAUGCCCCGGUACGCGCAGCUGGUGAUGGGCCCGGCGGGCAGCGGGAAGAGCACGUACUGCUCCACCAUGGUGCAGCACUGCGAGGCGCUGGGCCGCGCCGUGCAGGUGGUGAACCUGGACCCGGCGGCGGAGCUGUUCAGCUACCCGGUGAUGGCGGAUAUCCGUGAGCUGAUCGAAGUGGAUGACGUGAUGGAAGACGAAUCCUUAAGGUUCGGUCCCAACGGGGGGUUGGUGUUCUGCAUGGAAUAUUUCGCCAAUAAUUUCAGCUGGUUGGAGGAGAGCCUCGGGCACGUAGAGGAUGACUACAUCUUGUUUGAUUGCCCAGGUCAGAUUGAACUCUACACUCAUCUCCCUGUGAUGAAGCAGCUGGUGGAGCAGCUCCAGCAGUGGGAAUUCCGUGUCUGUGGAGUUUUCCUUGUGGAUUCUCAGUUCAUGGUGGAAUCUUUCAAGUUUAUCUCUGGAAUUCUGGCAGCACUCAGUGCAAUGAUAUCUUUAGAGAUCCCACAGAUCAACAUCAUGACCAAAAUGGAUUUGCUGAGCAAGAAAGCCAAGAAGGAAAUAGAAAAGUACUUAGAUCCAGAUAUGUAUUCUAUGAUUGAAGAUUCUACAAAUAUGUUAAAAAGCAAAAUGUUUAAAAAGCUGACUAAAUCUAUAUGUGGAUUGAUUGAUGACUACAGCAUGGUUCGGUUUCUGCCUUUUGACCGCUCUGAUGAGGAAAGUGUGAACAUAGUUCUGCAGCACAUAGACUUCACCAUCCAGUAUGGAGAAGACCUGGAAUUUAAAGAACCAAAGGAAUGUGACGAAGAUAAAUCUGCUUUUGUGGAUGAAUACUUCCAAGAUCAUGUGGAUGAGUAAAAGUCAGAUGUUCAAAACAGGGAGGAAAAUGCUUUGUAUUAAAAAUAAAAAGGAAAAAAAAAAGGAAAAAGGAAAAAAAAAUCCACACAAACCUACUGGAUGUUUACAUGUAAGAUAACUAAAAUUUAUACUGAAAAGUGAUCUAUAUGACCUCAACACUAUUUAAUAAAUAUUUUAUACUCUUA